AUGUUUGCUGAGUUUGCCUCUUUAGCAAUAGCAGUUGGUCUAACAGCUGCGGCGGUAGUGGUGAUUGUGGUAGUUCUAGUUCCGGAAGAAGUCGUAGACGUAACGGUGCUUGUUUUGGUGGUUACGGAGAUCGAUGAGGUUACUGUUUCUGUUCCGGGAACUGUUGUGGUUACGUUUUUUACUACUACUACAAAUAAAAUUCCUACUGGAACAACUGAGAUCACUACCACCACCACCACAUCUGCUCCUAUCAUGGCUUCCACCUCUAGCACCACCACUAUUACCAUUACUCGUACAGCUACCACUACGAUGCACACUCAAACUGGUGCUGCCAGCGCAAUUAAAGUUUUAAAGUAUAUUGAUGAAAUUGCUACAAUUUAUGGUGUAAUUGUUGGUCUUCUUACUGUUAUGUUUAUUUUUAUUUAA